CACUAUCGAUAGAUACCCAGACAUAUAAACAGAAAUCAUCCAGACUACUCAAGUACAAUACAACCAACCCCUUCCCGAAUACCUCAAUCACAAUGCCCCUCGUCGUUCCAGGUAUCAACAACACCAGCGGCGGCUCAGACAUGGAUGCCUGGGCGCAGAAGCUGAUGGGGAAGACCGUCACCGAGCAGGGAUCUGGCGAUGUGAAUUCAUUCGCUAAGAAAGACCUGCCGGAGAGGCAUCGGAUUGUUAAGCCCGGUGAUGCGAUGACGAUGGAUCAUCAGCCUGAUCGGUUGAACAUCCAUGUGGAUGAGAGUGGGACGGUUCAUAAUGUCAACUUUGGUUGA